GGAAACUUCUAAGAAUAAGGUGCCUAUUAAACGGAUUCAUUAAUCAAGCGUUGUUCACCAUGCUAAUUGCCCUUAUCGAACAGACAAAAGGUCUCCCAGCAUUGUUUGCGGGUGCCUGUGCGGGUGCUACUGAAAUCACAAUCACUUAUCCGUUCGAGUCCGCGAAAACAAGAGCCCAGCUCGAGAGGCGACUCGGCAAAGAGAAGCUCCCGAGUGUGAAACCUGGAAUCAGAGGCUGGUAUGCUGGAUAUGCCGCUACAGUGACAGGAACCGCGGUGAAGGCUGCCGUGCAGUUUUCUUCGUUCCAUAUCUACCGGUCCGCUCUCGCAGGGCCAAAUGGUGAACUAUCAACAGCAGCGUCCAUGAUUGCCGGAUUCGGCGCAGGAGUCACUGAGGCAGUGUUGGCUGUGACGCCUGCAGAGGCGAUCAAAACCAAAAUUAUCGAUGCAAGGAAGGUUGGGAACACUCAAAUGAGCACGACUAUGGGGGCGGUGGCGGGAAUCUUACGACAACAUGGACCGGCCGGAUUUUUCUCGGCUCUUGGUCCCACGAUUUUGCGUCAAUCCAGUAAUGCUGCUGUCAAGUUUACCGUUUAUAGUGAGCUGAUGGGUGCCGCACGGCGCUAUUCUGGAAAGGACGUUCACCCGCUUGUCAGCACUCUCGUCGGGUCGGUAACCGGUGUUUGUUGCGCUUGGUCGACGCAACCAUUGGAUGUUAUCAAGACUAGGAUGCAAUCUCUCCAAGCGAGGCAAUUGUACGGCAAUGCUUUCAGGUGUGCUAGCAUCCUCUUACGGCAAGAGGGCAUUGGAGUGUUCUGGUCUGGAGUUCUGUUUAGGACAGCAAGGCUGUCACUUACUUCAGCCAUUAUGUUUCCAGUUUACGAGAAAGUGUAUGCGUAUGUGACGCAGGCAAAGCAUUGAAAAAGGCAUGACUGCCAGUGCAAACUGGAAUAUCCCCUAUGCGUGUCCCACUUAUUCGCUAUGUUCGGUUUCAGUUGGCGCGAUCCCUG